AUGACAGUUUCAGCGACACAAGCCAGUAAUUCUUUGCUUCAGCAACUUAUCACCACCGCCAUUCAUCACCCUUUCGUGGCUGCAAUUUCAAUCUUGACGCUCAUAUGCGUUUUGACACGUACCAUCACAGGUUUUAGAUACUGGUCUGCUGUCUCCAGCAAUAAAUCAUCAUCAGGCACGACGAGAAAUGUCCCAUUGAUUCCUUACUGGAUUCCCUGGCUCGGCCAGGCUGUUCAAUUCGCCCUGAACGCAAACCCAUUUUUGGCCAAGAUGACCAAAUCCCUUGGCCCAGAGGGCUCUGCGUACGGCAUAUACAUGGGUGGGCUGAAAGCCAACAUCGUCACGAGUCCUAGCCUUGCACGACAGGUUCUGUUCGACAGACAUGCUCCCAUCCAAAUGGAGAGCUUCAUCUUUUAUGUCAUGAAGAACGUCUGGGGUGAUGAAGGCACAAUGCGGGCGAUUGAUCCUGCCAUGCUUUGGGGUCCGAUUCAUGCAGCUCUCAAUGGAAUGAUGAGGGAAUCUUUUGUCACCAAAGCAAUUGUGAAGACGGUCGAAGAAGUCCAGCGCAGUACUUGGAACUUGGUGUCCGGUUGCAGGAGUGUCGUGGACCAAUCUGCCUGGGAGCGUGCAGGAAGCGUCCAGAUCAUCUCAGGCAGCGACAGCAGUGGUUCCAAGCCAUUCAUUGCCGAAGCCAAUCUUCACCUUCUGCUGAGAGAUUUUGUUGGUGAUAUAGCCACCAAUGUUCUUUUUGGUCACGAAUUUAUCGAAAAUAACCCCAACCUCCUCAGUGACUUGUGGACCAUGGACGCCAAAUUCAACAAAUUCCUUGCAGGGCUACCCAGUUGGUGGCCAGGAAUGGGUGCAGCAUACCAGGCACGAGAACGACUAUUGUCUGCGGUCAAAGAACACCACGAUGCUUUGAUAAAAUAUCUAAAUGGCGAAGAUCCUGGUUCUCAAUAUUCGGAUCUCUCGGACGUCUCUACUGUCAUUGUCGAUCGUCUGCAGGCAUUCAAAGCAAGUGGCACCACACCGCGAGGUUGGUCUACGGGCAACGGUACCAUACUCUGGGCCAUGAACGUCAACGCCAACCAAGUAAUAUUCUGGCUCAUAUGGUAUGCCUUCUCUGAUAGGACACUCCUUUCAGAACUCCGGACCGAGAUCGCACCAUAUGUCAGAUUUGUUCAAGCUCCGGACAAUGGACUACCGAUUAAGGACGCCCCGAAACUCGAAAUCGAUAUAGAUUCCCUAUGGACGAAAUGCCCACUGCUCAAGGGUGCCUUUUACGAGACUAUGCGACUCGAGGCUGCAAGUGCAAGCUUUAAGAUGAUUAGCGAAGAUUUUGUUGUCACCGAAUCCGAGGAGGAUGCGAAGAUAUUAGGAAAGAAGGCUCCCGAAAGCUAUAUUCUAGCCAAGGGCGAACUGCUCUGCAUUCCCCAUGGAGUUCAUCAAAAUGAUGAGCGGUAUUUCCGCGACCCCGAACGCUUCGAUCCGAGGCGAUUCUGGGCGAAGCCCGAUCAUGCAACAAAUGCUAUCACUAAGGAAGAGUCAAAACUACCCAUCUCAACUUCCGCCGAUCCAGAGGCAGAGGUGAAAGUUGAGUAUGGUACGAUGAAAGUUUGGGGCGGCGGGAAGAACAUGUGUAAGGGAAAGACAUUUGCCGAGAGAGAAGUCAUACUUUUCUCGGCCGCAAUUAUCAUGCAGUGGGACAUGAUCCCGGUUGGCAAUGACAAUAAAUGGGUUCAUCCAGGCAGGAAAAUUGCCGCGGGCGCCUAUAAUCCUGAGAGAGAUGUGAAGGUUCGAUUAUGGCGGCGAGAUGCCUGGUGA